AAGAAAUAUGAAUAUUACAUUAAGCAUCUAUCGUUAUAUUAUCAUUUAAUAUAAAAGCAAUAAAAUUAGAAUAAAUAAAUAUACAAUAUUGAAAAAUUUCCUAUGAUAGCCAUUUUUAAGUUUUUGUUACAAAAUAGCUAUAAAUGACAAAAUGACCAAAAUAAGUCUUAUUAAAGAGUAAAAAUACAUUUAUACCCUAUGGUUAACUAACAUAAACUUAUGGUUUAGAGUUAAGGGGUGGAGUUUUGAGGAUAGGGUUUCAAAUUUUUAAAAAUAAAAAUUAAAUUUUUCAAAACAAAAUGGGCUAUUUUGGUCAUUUUCCUUAUUGAAUGCUAUUUUGUGAUAAAAACUUAAAAGUUAUAUUUGAGAGAAUUGCUCUACAAUAUAAGAAAAAAUAAAAAAUAAGUAAAUGUACAAUAUGAGAAAGAAAAAACUAUAUCAAACAUCUAUUAGAAAAAUGUAUAGUUUUCUAAUUUUUUCUAAGGAAAUAUGUAUUAACACAAGCAUACAAUUCAGAAUUUGUUGUUGUUGAGAAUACAACGUUCAAAAAAAUAUAUAUGGUUAACAUUUGAAAACAAAAAUAGCUCUGCGCGUAGCGCGGAUUAACUCCUAGUAUUACAUAGAAGAUUCUUCUGCAAACCUUUUAGUCUAUUGGUUUAAUUAAGGAUUCAUGAAUGCUUUUAUAUUAGGAGGAGUUCAAACCCCAUAAAUUGCAAAUUAUGUAGAUUAUGAAAAAAAUGGUUACAAAAAAUCUUCAUCAUGAUGUAGAGCAUACCAACGAACAUGAAUUUCAUAGGGCGACUCCAAUGGUAAAAUUAUCGGUUUAAAUAAAUUUGUCAACGCUGUUGCCAUUGAAAAUCAUCAGUGUUCCCGUGCGCUGAUAAUUUGUCGCUGGGAAAACCAAUGUUGUGGAUAGGCCGAAGAAGUCUCAGCUCCCCUUUUAUGUUGACGUUUUUCAGAAUGAGUUUGAAUCUCAACCAUAUGAUUUCUUCUCAGAUGCAACCAUUGAGAUAAACACCUACAUUAUUGUUGUGAACAAAACGCGAAUCAAAACUAGAAAGAAGCAAAGCAAGCAAAAUGUAUUGAGGCAAAUACAUUUGUAUAUUAUUAUUUUACUGAAUAACUUUACAAUCUUUUAGACUCAUAUUUAUAUUAACCUCAAAAUCCGAUUUCAUUUUUCCUUUUGAAAGAAAUUGGAUGAAUUAUUAUGUAAUCUGAGUUUAAGAACGGUUCUUGAUAUUUCCCGUGGGGCUUUAUAUGUUUUUGUAUCCUUAAAUCCUUGUGAAAUACAAAUAUCAUAAAUCAUAAUGCCCAUUGCCUUCAGUUUUAUGGUCCACUCAUUUUCUUUUUCUUUUUUGACUAAAGUUUUUCAUUCCACUCAUUUUCUUGCUUUCAUUCGUUUGCUUGUUUUGAUCAUUUGAUGUUCAUUCUUGCUUAGGUUAGGAAACUCAGCAAACUAAGCUUUUCUUCUUUUCUAAAUUCGACUUAAGAAUACUAUUUAUGGAUUUGUUCCAAUUUGUUCUACCAUCAUUCAUUGUUCUUGCACAAUAUACUAUCAAGGUUUGGCACCAUUGUCGGAGACCGUUUGUCUCCAGGACUAAAAUUUUAUGUCAAAUAAGGGUUCCCAACAUAUAUUCAUAUUAACACUAUCUUCAAACUAACAAGAUUCUAGUCUACUAUCUUUUGCUCAGCCAUCUUGUGUAAGGGAUAGAGUUUUCAUUGUAUAUAUUAAAGCUACAAUUGUAAUUAAUCAUUCCUAGCUUCUCCUUUUUUCUUAACGCUUUUUGUAAUUCAAUCAAAGUAAUCUUACAAUUCUGAACCAAACUUGCCAGCAACAUUAACUCAAAGAAAAUUGUUCUUAAAUGUGGCAUACUUUUCAUCACAUAUUGAUAGAGCGUAGAUUUAGUAUAACUAUUGAGUAUUUUAUGUAUUUUAUAUAAAUAGUCAUUUGAGUUUUACUUGGGUUUGGCAAAGAUUAAUAAAUUUCAGUGAGGCAACGUCGCCUUGGAACGAAUCCAAGAAUUGGCCAAUCAUAUGAGCCUACAAAAAAAAAUGACGCCAAAAUAUAAGAGCAUGCAGAAAACGAUAUGGACAUCACAAAUAUGGAUAUAAUGAGUGAGAAUAAAGAUCCACCUCGGGGAAAUACACUGAUCAGUCGAUCUAAAUAGUACAAUAGUGUUCUAAUUUUCAACAAUCGUUGAGAAGAAUUAUUCCAUAAAUAUUGUUAUAGUCCCAAGUUUAGGUGCCAAUAUCAACUAUAAACUUUCGUGUAGUAAUAAAUCGAAAACUAGAGAGAGAAAAUAUAUAUGCAAUUCAUAUUGUAAAGUGUAAACUCAUGAGUUUCAAGGUAGAGGAGAGAAACCAUAAGCAUAUAAGUUCAAAUUCAAACUAAAAACUUUAGUAACGUCUUUUUCAAAGAUGGGUCAUCCAACCCUUCAAUAGAUAUAUGUAUUUUGUACGUGGAUUCAAAUAUAACUCGGUAUACGUCUUGAUUAUCGCUAUGAACAUCAAAGAAGUAUUACAUGCAUGUACGUUACAUGUAAAGUUGGUCCUGUGAUUUUGAGACUAAAAGCGAAGAAAAAAAUGGUCGAUUUUUUAAAAAUGCCAAAAAAACUAAUAUGGUAUCACAAAGAUUCAAAGUCAAGUUGAUAACUGAAAAUCUUCACUUUUGCAACUCUGCUACUAUACUAAAGAUAAUUUUGGCAUGGCCUAAAGGCCAGUUCUGAAUACAUGUUCUGAGUUCGAUCAGAGAAUUGGACCACAUAUGUCUGAGUACCUGCCGUCAAUUUGUUUUUUGUUUUUUUAAAUUCAAAGAUAGAGGGCAGUAUAUAAAAAGAGGCUUGUCAAACGAAAGUGAACAUAAUGAAUAACUUGAGUCAUUAAAAUGUUUCUCUAGAAUGUUAACGUCUUUCUUCUCUGCUUAAAUCCCUUAGCGAAAUAAACAUAAACAAAAUUUAUAUUUGAAAAUAAAAGGAACCAAAUAUUGAGGCAAAAAUCUUUGUAAAGUGAAGAUUAGGUAAGAGACUCACUGCUAGAAGCCAAAUACGACAUUGCAAUGUAACAGGUUCAGAUAAUUUAACUAAAGUGGGAGUUAAGAUUUCCUCAUAUUUUUCGAAAAAUAUAUAAUAGUAAUUUUAAAAUAUUUAAUCAGGAAAAUAUAAUUUUGUAAGAUAAUUAGAAAAAUAUUAUGGGCUUACAAAAGUUAGCACUGGAAUUGGAACAGAACUUGAAGAUUCUAGAUCAGACUGACGCACAAAAAUAGAGAAAAAAAAUAAACUGAAUAAUAUAAAAUAAAAACUUUGUGUGUAAGAGAAAAAUUUAACUUAAAUAAUUAGUAUAUGGAAAAAAUAUCAUUUUCCUGCUAUUUUCUAAUUCAAAGUGCCCCAGCUCGACCAUAGUGUCCUUUUUGUAAGAAUAACUCAUAAGGUGUCUGUUUUUAUAAAUAUUAACUUCUUUAAAAACAGAGGUUUUUUUUUCCCUAUUGCAUAAUUACAUAUCGAUUUCUAUAUUUUGUGUGUCAACUGCGUCUAACUGAAAAUAUGGCGUUUGUAAUAUAAUAUGGUUACGGAAGAACUGAUCAAAUCCUGAUGGUAAUAUAAUAUGGUACAGCUAUAAAAUGGAAAAAUCGUGAAAAGAUAAGAAAACAAAAAGAAAAUAAGGUAGUUCAGGUAAAUCAAUCAAAUGUAUUGUAGGUGUAAAGGAAAGUAGUGAAGUAGUGAUUUAGUGAUUUAGGUUAAUUCAAUUGUCAAACUAAACACAAACUCGCAAAGUGUGAAGAAGACAAGAUGGUGACAAGUUAAGUUUCCUAAUAUCUUAAAAGCAAAGGUCAUGCAUGAGUUCAGGGGGGUAAGGAAGUAGAGGCUUAGUUAAUUAAUUAGCUACUUUAUAUAAUUUUCAGUGGUUAUCAAUAUAAAGUAAACAUAGCAUUUAAAAAAAAUUAAUGAUCAAAUCAGGGUUGUAGUUAGUAAGAUUUGGGAAGAUCUUGCCAUGCCUAAACAAAUACUUAAUUUCAACGUCAAUCACGCCAACACUUUAUACUUGAUGUUAAUCUAUUGACAUUAAAGUAUUUUGGUGGGACCUCAAUUAUAACCUGAUUAAUCAUACAUAAUGCAUAGAUAUAUCAAUAUAUUAAGAAGGCAGAUCAAAGAUCUAUUCAAUAAAUUUGUUAUCUUGUAAUUAUUUCAUCAAUGUUAAGAAAACAAAUAGUAAACAAAUUUCCUUUAUGUCCAAUCAACUAAUUGAACGGUUCAAACCCGUGACAUGGUUGAAAAUGAUAAGAUUGGAAUAUGCUUAUAUAUACUAAACAAAUUAAAAAUAUAUAAAAUCAAUGCUUUACGAGGUGUGUACGUAGACCUACAUAUAUCAUUGUUAUGUGUGUAUUUUACACAUAUCGUAUGACAUAUGUGAUACACACGUUUAAUCAUCAAUUAUACGUGUAUGUAUCAUCAAAGCAUAGAAGAUGGAAAAUAUAGCAUCAAACCAAUUAAAAACGAUUGUAAAAUAUUUGGAAACAUGCCAUAAGCACUGCAUAACAAAGUGAGUGGACCAACCUAGACUCCAUAAUUAUUUCAACUGUGAUUAAAAUAUAUAAAAUAAUUAAAUCUUAAUUAUAAAUAUAUGCACAUGCAAACUCAGGGGUUGAUCCCAUUUGAGUCUUUAUUCUCCUCUUUCCAUUUACAAAAAGACUUGUAAGCCUCUCUCUCUUUCUUUGUCUCCCCUCUUUUUAGCUGUACAUACAUAUAUGGCGACAGACACAUCCUCUUUGAAACUCUUUGGCAUAAACCUUCUUGAAACAACCUCGGAUCCAGAUCAAUCGCCCGAACCAAGAUCCGAACCUGAACCUGAAUCACGUAAGUACGAGUGUCAAUACUGUUGCAGGGAGUUUGCAAAUUCUCAAGCUCUUGGUGGCCAUCAAAACGCUCACAAGAAAGAGCGCCAGCUUCUUAAACGUGCACAGAUGCUAGCCGCUCGUGGUCUGCCACGUCACAACAACUAUCACCCUCACAUGAAUCCUCUUCUCUCCGCCUUCUCGCCGCCGCAUAUGAUGCUCUCUCCUUCUUCAUCGACUUCUAAGUGGCUCUACGGUGAGCACAUGCACGUGUCGUCACAAAAAGCCGCUGGCCCCAUGUAUUUUUACGGUGGAUCCGAAAGAAGGGGAUUUUACGGCGGUGGGAUGGAAACUAUGGCGGGAGAAGUUAGGGCUCACGGUGGUUCUUUGCCGGAGAUGAGGAGGUUUACCGGAGAGAACGAUCGUAUUACCGAAGUCAAGUUAGAUAAUGGAAUCGGCCUUGACCUCCAUUUAAGUCUUGGGCCAUAAUUAAUUUUUAACGUGGCCCAAUUAAAAUCUGUAAUAUACUACUUCGGAUUUGAUUUUUAUAGAGUAAAUUUUCUGUGGUGAAUUUUUUUUCCCUUGCUUUACCAAAUCACAUGUUCUAUGUAUGCGUUUGCUUUACCUUUUUUAUUCAUCUUGUAAAAAUGAUAUAUGCAUGUCUUAUGUUCUGUCUCAGUAUUAGUUCAAUUA